AUGCCCAGUGCAGCUCGAAAUCUUUGGUUCCGGUUGAUUCAUAAUAAGGUCUCUUCCAAAGUCAAUGUGUACAAGAUCUUCAAGCUACCAGAUGAUCUUUGCGUGUAUUGUGGCUACCGUGAGACUACCAUUCACAUGCUCUUUACUUGCCCUGCCAAUUGGGACAUUUGGACAAAUUACUUUGCCCUGCUUUUUGUGCCUCUUGGGCCACUUGAUAUGAGCCAAGUUGCUACGGAUGUCCUCUCCCUGGACCUCUCCUCGUACUGCCUCUUGGAUUCAUCCUUCAAGGUAUCCACGUUUGAAGCCGUAACCUGUGUUAUCACAGCUAUUUGGCGCGCCAAAUGGUGUGAUCAUUAUGAUAGCGUUGGUUUUGACAAUCAGUUCGUAAUGGACCGUGCCAUGGCCAACUUGCGUCGAAUAUCCUCUCUUAACUUGUUAAGCUAA